UUUCAAAAGAAUGCUUUCAAUUUAUUAACGUAUUUUUUUAGGGGAAAAAAUUCUAUGCUUGCUCUAUGUUACGUAUAACUUCCGGCAAAAAAGAUGUAAUUGGUAAAGCACGCGAUAGAACAAAAAUAAUUAUAUCUUGUCAGAUAUACUUUUUUAUAACUUUCAACUUUCCUCGAUCGACUGAAUUCUUUUUGCUUUUAUUGAUUAUGUGAUUGUUGUUACUUUGUCCCACGAUACGUCGGUAAUCAUCAGUGGUUGAUCGGAAGAAAAAAGGAUAACCUAGAUAUUUUAUUUUCUUUGAAAUAUUAAAAUGCCAAAAAAAAAGACUGGUCAGAGAAGAAAAGCUGAAAAACAAAAAUUAAGACAAAAAGAAAUUAGGACUGCUAAGGAGCAAAUAGACAUAGCAAAGCUACCAUGUAAUACAGUAAUGGAAUGUGACAAAUGCAAUAAAAAACAGAAAAGUCGUGCCUUCUGUUACUUUUGUCAACAUGUGCAACGCUUACCUAUGUGUGCACAUUGUGGUAAAGUAAAAUGUAUGUUAAAAACGGGAGAUUGUGUGGUAAGACAUCCUGGUAUAUUUACUACAGGUUUGGGGAUGGUAGGAGCUAUAUGUGAUCAUUGUGAAGCUUGGGUUUGUCAUGGAAGACGUUGUUUAACUACUCAUGCAUGUACUUGUCCAUUGAUGGAUGCUAUUUGCCAAGAAUGCGAAAGAGGAGUAUGGGAUCAUGGUGGAAGAAUAUUCCGCUGUUCUUUCUGUAAUUGUUUCCUUUGCGAAGAUGAUCAAUUCGAACAUCAAGCAUCAUGUCAAGUAUUAGAAGCUGAAAGUUUCAAAUGCCAGUCUUGUAAUCGUUUAGGACAAUAUUCAUGUCUCAGAUGUAAAACAUGUUAUUGUGAAGAUCAUGUGCGUAGAAAAGGAUUUAAAUACGAAAAGAAUAAACCUAUACCUUGUCCCAAAUGUGGAUAUGAAACAUCGCAAACUAAGGACCUUAGUAUGUCUACAAGAAGCCAUAAAUUUGGUAGACAAACUCAGGCUGGACCAUAUGAUUCCGACGAAGAAAAUGGUUAUAAUGAUUAUGCAGGUACUAAUGACGCUGAAUGUUACGGUUCAGAAUAUUACAUUGCUAAUGGUGAUGAAGAAGAUGAAGAUGAAAAUGAUGAUGAUGAAGAAGAGGAACAAGAAGAUGAAUCUUCAAGUGAGGAUGAAGUAAAGGAUAGUGAUAAAUUGGGGAAAGAAAUAUAAUAAUCAUCAAGUAAUAAUGUGAACUUAACACAUUGAAAAUAUACGAAAAGUAUGACAAUUAAAAAUUACUAUAUUAAUAAUAUUAUAAAGUAGAAUUAUAUAAAUAAAAAACUUUAAAAAAUG